AUGGUGCAACCAAACAGGAAGGAGUGGAGCCGCCGUCUAGAAGACGCACUUUGGGCUCAAAGAACAGCUUUCAAGACACCCAUAGGGAUGUCUCCUUAUCGACUUGUGUUUGGUAAGGCAUGUCACCUUCUUGUAGAAAUUGAACACCGUGCUUAUUGGGCGGUGAAGAGCUGUAAUAUGGGAAUGCAAGAAGCAGGUAAAGAAAGAAAACUCCAAUUACAGCAGCUUGAGGAGCUAAGGCUUGAGGCCUAUGAAAGCUCUAGAAUCUAUAAGGAGAAAACUAAGCACUUCCAUGAUAAGAUGAUUUCUAGAAAUAAAAAGUACAGGUACUGGAAAAGUUUUCAAGGUAAAUGGAUAGCGGCUGAAGCUGUUUCAUGA